UUACUUCAGUUCCCCAUCUAGCUGGCUACCUCCUCUUCCUUCUGUCUAUUUUAUCUAUUCUCAUCCCAUUUAUGCACAUGUACAAACUCCUGUAGAUAAUACUUCAGUGCCCCUGGCCUCUCCAUAAGACAAUAUAUAUUCUCUUCUCUUCACAUCCAAGAAGACCAUCACACUUUUUCCUGGCUGCUUGCACGCACACACACACACACACACACGCUUGCCAUUCAAUCAUAAGUUUUUUUGUAGAAACAUUUUCAAGGGGAAAAAAAAACAUGGGAAGAGGAAGAGUAGAGUUGAAGAGGAUAGAGAACAAGAUCAACCGUCAAGUGACUUUCUCUAAGAGAAGAAAUGGUCUGCUCAAGAAAGCUUAUGAACUUUCUGUUCUUUGUGAUGCUGAAGUUGCUCUCAUCAUUUUUUCAAGUCGCGGCAAGCUCUACGAGUUCGGCAGCUCUGGGAUAACUAAAACCCUUGAGCGAUAUCAACGUUGCAGCUUGAGUCCUCAGGAGAAUGCUGCUGAAAGAGAAACACAGAGCUGGUACCAAGAGGUCUCAAAACUGAAGGCCAAGUACGAAUCACUACAACGCGCUCAAAGGCACCUACUUGGAGAAGAUCUUGGUCCAUUGAAUGUGAAAGAGUUGCAGAAUCUUGAAAAGCAGCUUGAGGGAGCUCUUCUCCAGGCUAGGCAAAGGAAGACUCAGCUAAUGAUUGAACAAAUGGAAGAGCUCCGAAGAAAGGAGCGGCAGCUUGGGGACUUGAAUAAGCAGCUUAAGAUUAAGGUUUCCCUGGAAAUGUCAUCGCUUGAAGCAGCUGAGGGACAAGGCUUAAUAAGAGGCCUCCCUUGGCUUUGGAGUUCGAGUGUACCAAGUGGAAGCAGCAUGUUUCCUAUGCACACUUCUCACCCCAGUGCCGCCAUGGAUUGCGAUCCUGAGCCUGUCCUACAGAUAGGGUAUCAUCAGUAUGCUCCGGCAGAAGGUCCUUCUGCCCCGAGGAGCAUGGCCAUUGAGAGUAACAUCAUCCAGGGGUGGGCUCUUUGAUAUCUCUUUGCAAAUCUUUUAUACGUUUGAUGCAAAAAACCAAUUCAAUGAUUUGUGCUUUUGGAUUUGAACAUGUUAAUCCCAUAUGAAACUAAGUACUUUAUAACUAGCUGCUUAAUUUUGUAUUUACAGAACUUGAAACUUACGCAUUUUGAUCUUUAUUGCAAGGAUUAUAAUCGCAUGAUGUAGACUGUUUGAAUCUUAA